AUGUCCGCAGCACCCGAGGAAGCGAAAGAUGCGAAUUUCGACCUGUGGCAUGAAGAGUAUCAGAAGGCUUGCGUCAGGGCAGAUGCUAGCUCUGAGAGGGUGAGAAAGCUGGCUGAGGCCAUUACGACUAUCGGUGAUGGGCCUACUCUUGCACGGAUACAUGCUGAGGCAGUUCAGCAACAUAAGGCCUUGGAGGAAAAGGUGGCAGAGUUGCUAAGUCAUCUACCGAAUUAA